AUGAUGCGUGCAGCCGUGAGUCUCUGGGUACUAUCGGCGGUGAUCUGCGUCGGCAGAGGCCAUGGCGAUGGCCAUCACCAGCCCGACGAAGACACUGUAGUGGACGGCAGCGCCAACAGCGUCUCCUUGGUGAACGAAGCAAACCAAAGGUUUUCCUUCCGACUCUACAGGAAGUUAGCAGCUGAUGCUGACUCACAAGGAAAGAAUAUCUUCUUCUCCCCAUUUUGUGUGUCGACCGCCUUGGCUACGUUGUCCGUGGGAGCGAGGGGGGAGACUCACCGUCAGCUUUUCAGUGGUCUGGGCUUCAAAAGCUCCCUGACGCAGACAGAUGUGGACCAGGCCUUCCAGAUGUUCCUCCAGAGGGCCAACAACCCAUUUCAGGACGCCAGUGAAGGGACCGCCGUGUUCGUGGACAACAGCUUCAAGCCGAAGCCGGAGUUCCUGCAGACCCUGAAGCAGUCGUACCUCGCAGAUGGGUUCAAUGUGGACUUCACCAAAGCCACAGAAAGUGCUGACACCAUCAAUAAGUACGUGGAGGAGAAGACCAACGGGAAGAUUGACAAGCUGGUGGAAAACAUGGAUCCAAACACAGUCAUGUAUCUCAUCAGCUACAUCUACUACAAAGGAAAGUGGGUGACUCCGUUUAACCCUGAGCUCACAGAGGAGGACUACUUCAACGUGGACGAGAACACCAAGGUUCAAGUCGACAUGAUGAAUCUGGAGGAUAGUUUCAACACCUAUUACGAUCUCAUGCUGAACGUGAUGGUCCUUCAGCUCCCCUUCAACAACUCCUAUUCCAUGCUGCUGUUGUUGCCUGACGACGACAUGGCAACGCUGGAGAACGCCCUUGGCCCAAACCGCGUCACCAAAUGGUUGCAGUGGAUGACACCCAGGAGAUAUAAUGUAUAUAUUCCAAAAUUCUCCAUCAAGACUUUCUACAACCUGAACGAUGAGCUGUCAGAAAUGGGAAUGACAGACAUGUUUGGUGAUCGUGCAAAUUUCAGAGGCAUUUCAGAGGAGCAAGGACUGGCAGUCUCAGAAGUUGUGCACAAAGCUACGCUGGAUGUGGACGAGACCGGAGCCACCGCUGCUGCCGCCACAGGCAUCGGCAUCGGAGCGACUGCCAUCCGGUUCCCUGACCCUGUCCCUGUGUUGAAGUUCAAUCAUCCAUUCAUGGUCAUCAUCAUUGAACGUAACACGGAGAAAAUCCUCUUCUUGGGCAAGAUGAACAACCCAACCAUCUGAUGUAUCAUCACUUUGUGUUUGCUCGAGCACAGCUGUUGC